GUGUGUGUGUGUGUGUCAACACGAAACAUGUGCAUGAACACGGAAGUGAACUUAUUGUAUUCAACAGAUAUAAAUGUAUAAAAUUAAUAUUACAUUUCGGUUCUGUAAGUGUUAGUUUAAUAGAAUGCGCGAGCCCGUUUAUUGUUUGAGCGUCACAGAAACGUCACGUCCAUCAAGAAAUACGCGCCUAAAAUCCUGCAUUGUAGUGCAGGGCUUGUCUGGACAUGAGAUGUGAUCCACGGUGAUGGAAAGAUGAAGCCGGCGCUGGCAGAUUCACCGCUCUGUCAAUGUUCUCACUAUAUGUGGUUUGUAGGAGGAGCUGAAAGAAAGAAAAGAGAGAAUAAAUGGAGAUGGAGGAGAAUAAACAGGAGGAGGAGAAAGUGAAGCUGGUGAUGAUGAUGGAGACUGGGAAUGUCAUUGGGAAACUGAGGGAAUUACAGGAAAGUCCACAAUUAGGACUCUCUUUUUCCUCUGACCGUACGGACACCUGGGCUUCGUCCAUCUCGUCGUCCUCUUCCUCCUCUUUUCCCUGCCUCUCUCCUCCUCUUCCUCCGUCGGUGGGUCUGGAUGGUGUGUUGGCCGAGGGGCGGCUGGUUCUGGACGUGUACCGGGCCGGAGGAGCGGUUCUGCCCGUGUUCUGGGAGUGUGUUCAGGAGCAGAUGAGAGGCCUGCAGUACCUCAGACUGGGCUCAGAGGAUCAGGGGGCGCUAGAGAGUUCACUGCGGGUUCUGCCCCGACUCACAAAGCUGCGCUCACUGGCUAUCAGAGGACACCGUUUCCACGAUCCUCAGGCUGAGCCUCUCCCAGGCCUCCUCUCCUCUCUCCCCGACUCGUUCUCCGCUCUGUCUCUCCUCACACACCUGGAUCUCUCCUUCAACCGGCUCUCCUCUCUUCCUCCCUGUAUUCUGUCUCUCUCUCGUCUCUCCGAGCUCCUGCUGUGCCACAAUCUCCUGUCGGGUCUGCCGGAGGGCGUGGGGGCGCUGGCGUCCCUGCGGCGAGUGAGUCUGCUGGGGAACAGGCUGGUGGGUCUCCCCCCGGGUCUGGGUCUCCUCUGCGGGCUGGAGGAGCUCGACGUGUCCUUCAACCUCCUGGAGACUCUUCCAGAAGAACUGGGACACCUGCAGGCCUUACAAACACUGGAGCUGUCCAACAACAGACUGAGAGCGCUGCCGGA